CCCCCCGCCCCAGCCCCUCGCCCGCGAGGACGCCUCUCGCGGGCCCCGCGGCGCUAGGCGGCGGGCGGCGCAUGCGUGGCUGCGGCUCCCAGCGCACCCUGCGCUCUCCGCGGGCCGAGUGGACAAGGCCGAACGCUAGGAGCUGGCCGCCGCCCCUUGCGAGGUCUGGCUUCGGCCCGCGGCUUCUCUCCCCUCCGGCCGGAACGGUUUUUGCAGCCUUUCCUCGGCGGGCACAGGUUUCCUGAGGACUGUCGGGGCCGCCGUGGGCCCGAAGAGCCUGGUGCCGCUUUCGGACUCCGCCGAUCCCCAGCGGCACCCGCAGCGGCCUGGGCGUACGGCCGUGACCCGAGCCCGGAACCCGGCACCGGGCGGGGCCUGCACAUCCGGCCCCACCCACUCGGGGCCUAGCCUCUCGGAGCCCGACCCCGGGGUAGCGGACACACCCCCCCGGCCGGCUGUCCGCCUCCGCCCAUCCUUUCCUCAACCUGCUUCAUUUUUCUCCCAGUCUAACAGCCUCCCGGUUUCGACUUUGCACUAAAAGGGAUGCACCCCCGAAAACCACAUUGCGGGGUCACAUCUUGUUUGGAGAAGAGACUGGGCUUUUGCAUCUUAGGGUAUACAUUCACCUUUUCAAGGGCCUGGGAUAGAUUUGAUUAAUCAGCCUGAAGUACCCUGUUCCUGCUGACCCGGCCGUUUUUACCUCCCUAUCUUACCACACUCCCAGGAACACUAAGUAGAAAGCGCUUGGAGUCUUCUUUGGGCCCCCACCUUGAGCUAGACGUGAAGUUGACCCCUGGGCUGCAGCAUGGCUGUAGCCCUCGACUCUCAGAUCGACGCACCCCUGGAGGUUGAGGGAUGCCUAAUAAUGAAGAUGGAAAAGGACCCCGAGUGGGCAUCAGAGCCCAUUGUGGGAGGGUCGGAUAGCUCCGAGACCUUCCGCAAAUGCUUCAGGCAAUUCUGUUAUGAGGAUGUGACUGGACCCCAUGAAGCUUUCAGUAAACUCUGGGAACUUUGCUGCCGGUGGCUGAAGCCAGAAAUGCGUUCCAAGGAGCAGAUACUUGAGCUGCUGGUCAUUGAACAGUUUCUCACCAUUUUACCCGAGAAGAUUCAGGCUUGGGCACAGAAGCAGUGUCCGCAGAGUGGCGAGGAAGCUGUGGCCCUGGUAGUGCAUUUGGAGAAAGAGACUGGAAGACUAAGGCAGCAGGUCAGCAGCCCUGUGCACCCAGAGAAGCACGCCCCACUUGGAGCAGUGUGGGAGAUGGCAGACUUCCAGCCAGAACAGAUAGAGACCCAAUCCAGGGUGGUGUCUCUGGAGGAAGCUGGAAGCCUCCACUCAGGACACCAGGAACAGCUGAACCGAAAGCGAGAACAUCGGCCCUUACCCAAGAAUGCUCGACCUUCUCCUUGGGUUCCUGACCUUGCUGAUGAAUGGAACAUCCUAGAUCAGGAAGUGACAACCACACGGCUUCCUACUGGGUCCCAGGAACCUGUGAAAGAUGUCCACGUGACGAGAGGCUUUUCCUACAAAAAGAGUGUGCAUCAGAUUCCUGCCCACAGGGGCCUCUACCGAGAUUUCAGGAAGGAGAACGUUGGGAAUGUGGUCUCCCUGGGAAGUACAGUGUCUGCAUCUAACAGGAUAACCCGGUUGGAACAGAGAAAGGAGCCAUGGACUCUAGGUCUGCAUUCCUCUAAUAAGAGAAGUACCCUACGAAGCAACUACAUCAAGGAAAAGUCAGUUCAUACUAUUCAGGUCCCUACAAGGAGUGCAGGAAAAACAUGGAGAGAGCAGCAGCAGUGGGGUUUAGAAGAUGAGAAGAUAGCAGGUGUGCAUUGGAGCUAUGAGGAAACUAAGACUUUCCUGGCAAUUCUCAAAGAGUCUCGCUUUUAUGAAACACUUCAAGCCUGUCCCCGAAAUAGCCAGGUAUAUGGUGCUGUGGCUGAGUGGUUGCGCGAAUGUGGCUUCCUUCGAACCCCAGAACAAUGUCGAACCAAGUUCAAAAGUCUCCAGAAAAGCUAUCGAAAGGUGAGAAAUGGCCACAUGCUAGAACCCUGCGCCUUCUUUGAGGACAUGGAUGCUCUGUUGAACCCUGCAGCCCAUGCUUCAUCCACUGAUAAGCCAAAGGAGAUGAUACCACUCCCCAGACUUAAGAGAAUUGCCAUCAGUGCUAAGGAACACAUCAGCUUGGUGGAGGAAGAGGAAGCCGCAGAAGAUUCCGAUGGUGAUGAAAUAGGCGUCGAAUUUAUCCGCAAGUCUGAAAUCCGUGGUGCCCCUGUCUUGUUUCAGAACCUAAGUGGUGUGCACUGGGGCUAUGAAGAAACCAAGACUUUUCUUGAUAUCCUCCGUGAGACUCGGUUUUACGAAGCACUUCAAGCCUGUCAUCGGAAGAGCAAAUUGUAUGGGGCUGUAGCUGAACAACUUCGAGAGUGCGGCUUCCUUCGGACACCAGAACAGUGCCGAACCAAGUUCAAAAGCCUUCAGAAGAGUUACCGCAAGGUGAAAAAUGGCCACAUGCUAGAGUCCUGUGCAUUCUACAAGGAGAUGGAUGCCCUGAUUAACUCUCGGGCACCUGCUUCUUCCCCCAGCACCCCAGAAGAAGUCCCAUCACCUUCAAGGCAAGAAAGAGAGGGUAUUGAGGUUGAACCCCAGGAACCUACAGGCUGGGAACCUGAAGAGACCUUACAGGAGGCAGUAAUAGAAGACUCUUGCAGUGAGCGAAUGAGCGAGGAGGAAAUUGUACAAGAGCCAGAAUUCCAGGGACAUCCAGAUUUUGAAAUUGGAAGUAGCAUCAAGGAGGAUCCAACACAGAUAGUAUAUAAGGACAUGGAACAGCAUAGGGCAUUAAUAGAAAAGUCUAAAAGAGUUGUUUCCCAGAAUACCGACCCCAGCAAAUAUCAUAAAAGGGAAUGCAUCUCAGGAAGACAAUGGGAAAAUCUUCAAGGAAUUAGACAGGGAAAGCCGAUGUCUCAGCCUAGAGAUUUAGGGAAAGCUGUUGUGCAUCAGAGGCCUUUUGUGGGGAAGAGACCCUACAGACUUCUCAAAUAUGGAGAAAGCUUUGGAAGGAGCACUCGUCUGAUGUGCCGGAUGACCCACCACAAGGAGAAUCCUUACAAGUGUGGUGUCUGUGGGAAGUGCUUUGGUAGAAGCAGGAGCCUGAUCAGACACCAAAGAAUCCACACAGGAGAAAAACCUUUUAAAUGUCUUGACUGUGGGAAAAGCUUUAAUGACUCCUCAAAUUUUGGUGCCCACCAGAGAAUCCACACAGGGGAGAAACCCUACAGAUGCGGAGAGUGUGGAAAAUGCUUUAGUCAAAGCUCUAGUCUUAUUAUACAUCAGAGAACCCACACUGGUGAGAAGCCCUAUCAGUGUGGAGAGUGUGGGAAAAGCUUCACCAACAGUUCUCAUUUCAGCGCCCACCGGAGAGUCCACACUGGGGAGAAUCCCUACAAAUGUGUGGACUGUGAAAAAAGUUUCAAUAACUGUACCAGAUUUCGAGAACAUCGGAGAAUACACACUGGAGAGAAGCCUUAUGGAUGUGCUCACUGUGGCAAACGUUUCAGUAAGAGUUCUGUUCUUACCAAACACCGGGAAGUUCAUGUGAGAGAAAAACCUCUGCCACACUCUCCAUCUCUGUAUUGCCCUGAGAACCCACAUAAGGGAAAGACUGAUGAAUUUAGGAAAACUUUUUGAUGAUGAUCUUCUCUUCCUAAAUGCCCCUUUAGCCAUCCUACCCUAAUCUCAUUCUUAGAAGCAAUUUUUUCUUAGCUAUGGAGUGUAAUUCCCAAGAUAAACUUGAGAAUGUAAAUAAACUAGACAUUUUCAUCCUGUUCUCACCUCUGCCUCUAACUUGAUCAGUCUGUUCCUCUUCUAUGUCUCAGCUUCUCCUUUAAGAAUGUGGAGAAGAUACGUUGUCUGAGUUUAGAAUGAAAUAUUCUUCAAUAUGUUGAGGCCACUGCAACUAGAUUGCUAAGUCUGGCAACAUUCAAGAUCCUUCCAUGUGGUUGAAAGUUGUUUUCAAGGAUAUAAAAAAUGCCAAAAGUUUUUUUGUUGUUGUUACCUACUCCAUGAGAUCCUGGAUGCAACUUGAUAAGAUUCUCACAUUUGGGUAGAACUUUGAGGAGUCUGAUCAGAACUACAUCAGGUCCAUCUUGGUUUUGAAGAUAUCCACAAAAGAAGAGUGAAGAUUGUAUAGCUUUCCUCAGAAGUCUGUUACAGUGUACCUUUUUUCGUGUCAAGAAGUUGAUCCAAAUACCUAGGGCAGAAUCCCUGUAUUGUCACUAAAAUCCUGUUACUAAAGCCUUGCCCUCCAUGGAGAUGAGAAGCAGUUCUUCACCUGUCAUCCUUUUCUGUACCUGAAGACUUCAGUCCCCUUGGCUGCUGCUUCUCCAGCCUAUAAGUAAUCCAGGUCCUUGUACUGUUUCUUAUAGCCCUGCAUUUACCUCUCAGUUGCUCUGGGUGCUCCUGCUGGCCUCUUCUGAAUUACUGUGCCCUUCUCAGAUGGAAUAGGAGACCUUUCAUGGUAUGUCUUACUAAAGCAAAAGCAAAAUUUCAGACACUUUCUAGUUCUAUCCUCUAACUUCUCUGGCUCUUAUCCAGAAUGUGGUAUGUUGGGAUAUUUUGUACCUCCCAUCCCCACGCUGCAGUAUAAUAUUUUAAUAGUGUUUCUAUAAGGGAAUAGGGAAGUGGUAAUGGACACCUGAAACAUUUCUAAGACUGGUUGGACUUCUUUGGCCUGCUGUAGAUCAGAGAGCCACCUCAGUUCAGACCAGCACUCUCAGGGCCUGCUGCUAAAUCUCCCAGUCUCUAUUUCUGAGGCUUCUAGUCCCUGUUCUCCACAUCAGAAACCUAACUGUAGCUCCCCAAGUCACACAAUUCUAGAGCUCACUGGGUGAAAAGUGGGAACAUUUUUAAAAACUUGAAUCCAGAAAUCUAGAACACUGUUUUUGUUUUCCUCAUUUACCUGUUCAUCUGAAAAAUCUCUUUGAGAACCCCCUGCAGUAACCCAGUAAACACUGAAGGAAAAGUUCUGAUGGGGGAUGGUUACUUCACUUUUGAAGUUACAGAUGAAACCCAGGAAUUUGAUUUUCCAGGGGCAGUUGCUUCAGGAUGGAGCCAGUGACAUUUAUUCCCUUAGUAUGUAGGUAAUCCAGGAUGGCUUUGCUUUGGCAAGGGAGAAAUCACAAGUUUAAUGGAAAGAGAACCAGAGUCAGGGCUGUUUGUAGGUGAUUAUUUUGCUCUUAUCUCUCCCUUUCUUGUCAAAUGCUGUUAUUUGAAGCCAUCUGGAAAUGACAUUUUUCCUUUCAGUAUGUUUCAAUCUUUUGAAACUUGUUCAUCAAAGUACCUAGGAGGAUAGGUGCUGUAGAAAAAAAUUAAUUUAUGGUGCCAGAAUAGGGUGUGGCCUGUUGGAAGGCAGGUGACUCAGGUAAACAUUGCUAAAUGUUUCUGAUUUAUGUUUGUUGGAAAUGUUAUAAUCACAUCUCAAUAGGUUGAUUUUUCUGUGUCGUCUAAAUUAUAGAUUUCUAAUGCUAAAUGCAGUUCCAUGUUGGUAGUGUGCCUAGCACAGUAAGAUGUGUGUGGUGCCAGUGGGCUUGUGUUUAUAUUGUGUAGAUGUUCUGGAAUUCCAGCUUUAGCGAAGAUGCACAUUAAUAGAAAUCACCACUUAGUAAUAUGUACACAGGAUUGAUAUUCUAUUGAAGCAUGAUUCAGGAAAGUAGAUGACUUAUUCAUAAAUAUGAAGCACUGUUACAUGUAAGGCCAUGUUCUAGCCACAGUGAGGGAUACAAAAAGGAACGAAGGGUGCCAGGUGUGGUAGCUUAUGCCUGUAAUCCCAGCACUUUGGGAGGCUGAGGCAGGAAGAUCAUGAGGUCAAGAGAUCAAGACCAUUCUGAGCAACAAGGUGAAACCCUGUCUCUACUAAAAAAAAUACAAAAAUCAGCCAGGUGUGGUGGUGGAGGCUUGUAAUCCCAGCUACUUAAGAGGCUGAGACAGGAGAAUCGCUUGAACCCGGGAGGCAGAGGUUGAAGCGAGCCAAGAUCACACCACUACACUCCAGCCUGGUGACAGAGCAAGACUCUGUCUCAAAAAAAAAAAAGGAACAAAGGGGCAUGGUGCCUGGACUCAAGGAACUCACAGUUUGAUAGAGGAAGUAUCACAGCAGAAGAUAGGGCCACUUAUACUAUGGCCGUUAUAAAAGGCCAGGAGCUCAGUCAUGAGAACAUCACCUUCACUUGCAGAAGAAUUUUGCUAAGUUGCCCAGAAUCAUAUUCUGUACCUUCACGUCAACCUUCCCCAGUGGCAGGAAAGGGUCAAGACACAUUCCUUCUCUAGUGGGACAAACUGUAUUUAAUUCUCAUAUGCCUGGGAGCAAGCUGAGGUGGAAUUUGAGUUCCCCUACCGCUUUUCCUAAUUGUAAAUGGGCUGUCUGGACGUUUGACGAACUUUGUUCUGAAGUAAUAGGUCUACCCACCAUUCUAGACCAACACUACUUGUCUCUCUGCAUUUUAUCUUUUUUCACCCAGUACAUGUAAGUCAGAAUGAACAAUCGUGUUCUCAUCAAUGUGUCUUUUAUACCACAUAGCAUUGCCUUUAUGAAGAUUCAUAGAGAAAGGUUUUUUUCUAGACCUCAGUACCAAGGAAAGCUUUGAUCCUAAGCGCAGUGUAUAUACACACACACACACACACACGCACACACACAUGUCUAUAUAUGUGUGUAGAUCUGUAUGUAUGUAUUACAAGCACUGUGAUUUUUAUGACUUAAGCUGCUUUUUCUCUCUUUGUUCUGGCUGCUGGAAAGCUCAACAAAACUUACAGCCCACCUCAACCAACUACCCCAAACUAUAUUUAUUUAAUUUUGUCUUAUUUCUUUGGAAAUUGUGUCAAAUCCUGUUUUUGAAAAGCAGUAUAAACUGACAUUUUUUUCCCUAUCAUCGAAGGCGUUUUGGAAACUGGGCUAUAUGUCCUACCUAGGCUUGCUUUGUUACUGCCACAGAUACCUCCAGUUCUUACCAGUGAUGUUAUGUAUUCAACCUAAUUCAUUCAUCUGGGAAAAAAACAGUUUUUUAAAGAGGAAAACCUCACACAUAAAUAGCUCAGGGCAGCCUACUCUGGUGGAGUGAGCAUGAGACCAGAGGCUAAAAGAGCCAAGUUUUAGUCUUAUCGUUACUUAAUGAGUGUUGUUUGACACAUCAUAGCCUCUCUGGGCCUCGACUCCUCAUCUGUAGAAAAGUUGAACUUGAUUGCUAAGUUGCUCCGGCUCUAAUGUUUCAUGAGGCUGGGGAGUGUGAUAUAGAUGCCGAAAAGGUUAGAAGACCAGGCUGCUGGCCCAGCUCACCUGUGCUUGCCACAUCUGGCCAUGCCAAAUCCAUUUCAUGCUUCAGGAAAGGGAAGGUAUGCUGUGACAGCAAAGUCAGCCCAGGAGCUUGUUUGGGAAGGAGAAAGGGCAAGUCCCUCGUGGUCCGCAGGCAGGCAGCACCCCAGGCACCUCAAUAGCCAGUGGCAGGUAGUUGAAGUGAAGGAAGCCUCUGUUGGGAGGUCUGGAGCUUGGUGACAGACAAGACUCAUGUGAGGGAGCUGGGGCAGCCCCAGCUAAAGGAGUGUCUGAGUAACUUGUGAAACUGUAAGCCUCUGCCUCUGAAUGCAUUCCAAGACCCAGUGCAAAUGGAUGUCGAUUCAUUGUUUUGUAUCAGUGUUCACUUAGAUGUCUUCUUGAAAAACUUGUUUGUGGAAUAAAUGUCUAAAAUAAA